CAUCCGGGAAUUCUGCUUUUCUUGAAGGAGCCCGUGGGUGGCGGGAUUUUACUGAGAGUUCAUAACAAAGAGAGACAUGGCAGACAGUGAUGAUGAGUACGAUCGUCGGCGCAGAGACAAAUUCCGCCGGGAGAGAAGCGACUACGAUCGGUCUCGAGAACGAGAAGACCGGCGCAGAGACGACUGGAGCGAUCGAGAGUGGGACCGCGGGAGAGAGAGGCGCAGCCGUGGCGAGUACCGCGAGUAUGAGAGAGGACGGAGAGAGAGGUUUUCACCCCCUCGACAUGACAUGAGCCCGCAGCAGAAGCGCAUGAGGAGAGACUGGGAUGAUCAUGGUGGAGACCCGUAUCACGGAGGGUACGAUCUGGGUUAUGGAGGAGGUGGAGGACCGAGUUACGCCCCCCCACAGCCCUGGGGUCACCCCGAAAUUCACCUCAUGCAGCCGCACCAUGCAAUUCCCAUCCAGGCCAGGUUGGGGAACAUCCAUGACCUUGACCUGGGACCGCCUCCGCCCGUGAUGAAGACCUUCAAAGAGUUCUUGCUGUCCCUGGACGACUCCGUGGACGAGACGGAGUCAGUGAAACGCUACAAUGAGUACAAGAUCGACUUUAGACGGCAGCAGAUGCAGGAGUUCUUCCUCGCUCACAAAGGAGAAGAGUGGUUUCGCUCUAAGUACCACCCUGACGAGUCGGGGAAGAGGAAGGCCGAGGCUCACGCCGCUCUGCAGAACCGUCUGGGUUCAUUUCAGUAUUUAAUGGAGAACAGCUGGUUCGAGAACAUCUCCAUGGACAUCGAUCGCGCACCACAGAUCUUAAAGAUCCUGGACGCGGCUGUGAUAAAAAUGGAGGGAGGAACGGAGAAUGAUCUGCGCAUCCUGGAGCAGCAGCCGCUGGACGAGGAGGAGGAGAGAGAGAGAUUGUUGUCUGGAGGCCCGCCGUCCGAAAACCAGAAACGUGAAGGCGAGAACAGAGGAGCGGAGAGCGAGCGCAAACCGUCCACUGAGAAGGAAAACAAGGAGGGAGAGAGUGGAGAUGUUGGGAUGAAGGAUGUAGAUGGUGAAGCAGGAGAUGAAGAAAGAAAACCUGAUAAAGAAACAACACCUGAGGAGAUUUCACCGCCAAAGAAGCUGAGUAAGAAGAGGAAGAGGAAGCACAGUGGAGACAGCGAGGACGAGGCGAGCGCCUCAGAGAGCGAGUCAGAAUCCGACUCCGACUCAAACUCUCACUGCUCAGAGAAACCUGCGGAGAGGGAGGCAGAAGGGGAGGGUGAGCCAGACGGAGAGGCAGGCGGAGAGGGGGACGGGGGGAACGAAGAAGGAGAGGAGAAGGAGGAGGAAGAGGAAGAGGAGGGUGAAGACACGAAGGGGCGAAAGGAAGAGAAGCAGAGCGAACGAGAGAAAGAGAAGGAGGAGAAGAAAGUGAAGGACGAUCAGCCUCCUAAACCUCGGCCGCUGCACAUGACCUGCUCGCUGUUCAUGAGGAGCAUCGCACCCUCCAUCUCUAAAGCGGAGAUCGUCGCUUUGUGUCGCCGUUUUCCUGGAUUUAUGCGUGUGUGUUUGUCUGAGCCACAACCAGAGCGCAGAUUUUUCAGGCGUUGCUGGGUGACCUUUGACCGCAGCGUCACUAUCAAAGAGAUCUGCUGGAGCCUACAGAACAUCCGUCUGCGUGACUGUGAGUUAGCUCCCGGAGUGAAUCGGGAUUUGGCUCGGCGUGUGAGGAACAUUAACGGCAUCACGCAGCAUAAACAGGUUCUUAGAAACGACAUCAAGCUGGCAGCUAAACUUAUACACGCCUUGGACGAGAGGGAGGGGCUGUGGGGCCACGGAGACGCACACACCUCGGAGCUCCCGUCCCAGAACCCCCUCCUGAAAAACAUCACAGAUUACCUAAUUGAGGAAGUGAGCGCAGAGGAGGAGGAGCUACUGGGCAAUGUGGGCGGAGUUGACUCAGAGGACGGGAACAAAGAUGGCAAUCCCACAGAGUUCACCGUGGAGAGAGACGAGAAACUGGUCAAGGUGUUGGAUCGUCUGCUCUUCUAUCUGCGUAUCGUUCAUUCUAUAGAUUAUUACAACAUGUGUGAAUACACGAGCGAGGACGAGAUGCCCAACCGCUGUGGGAUCAUCCACGUCCGAGGCCCGAUUCCUCCAAACCGAAUCACACACCGUGAGGUGAGUGACUGGCAGAAGACGUUCGAGGACAAGCUCAGUCCCCUUUUCAGCGUAAAGGAAACUCUGUCUGAGGAGGAAGCCCUCAAAAUGGGUCGGAAAGAUCCGGAACAGGAAGUGGAGAAGUUUGUGUCUGCGAACACGCAGGAGCUCGGCAAGGACAAGUGGCUGUGUCCUCUCAGCGGCAAGAAGUUCAAGGGCCCGGAGUUUGUAAGGAAGCACAUCCUAAACAAACACGGAGACAAGAUCGAGGAGGUGAAGAAGGAGGUGGAGUUCUUCAACAACUUCCUGAUGGACGCCAAAAGACCCUCCAUCCCCGAGAUCAAGCCUCUGCCCCCCCCAGGCCCCACUCCGGGUGUGAUGUCUCCUGGUGGUCCUCCUUUCCACCCUCAGGGUCCUCAAGGCUUGCUGGGAUUUGGGCAGCCCAGACCUCCAGUGAUGGGCUACGGAGCAGGUCCUCCUUAUCCCCCAAACCAGUACGGUGGCGGAGGAAGAGGGAAUUACGACAGUUUCCGUGGACAGGGUGGAUAUCCGGGGAAACCCAGAAACAGCCGGAUGAUGCGUGGCGAUCCUCGUAACAUCAUCGAGUACCGUGACCUGGACGCUCCUGAAGACGUGGACUUCUUUUAGACGCCCAGAUUUUUUUUUUUAUUUCUUCAUUUUUACAGCCCCUCUCUCGUUUUAAUUAUAAUGAAUCUUUUGCAGCUCUAAGCGCCCGUUACUGUUCUGCCCCCUAGUGUGCGAGUGAGCACUGUUACCCAGCACACCUUGCAUUUAGGCCUUGUUUUGUUCAAUAAAACCCUAUUGUGGAGCA